CAAGUGGAAAAAUUAGGACGAGAAGUUUAAAUGCGGCGAGCAGGAGACGCUUUGCUCGAGAUGGUGUCAGGGGUUCUUAGAAUCGGGAGUCCCGGGUUGGAGGUGAAGGAGGCUUGGGUCCCGAGUGAUCCGAAGGCUUAGAGGAAGUUGGGUUUUUCUCCAGGACUUCCGAUUUCCUCCUACAAGUGGACACACCGAAUGCUCAAGGACAGGAAGUGGCCAAACAUCUUAGAGGAUGCUUUUCAUUUUCCCAAACUUGUAAGAAACAGAGACGAUCACGAGCUAUAGGAUUUAUUUGCCCCAGACACUGACGCUGGGUGAAUGAGAGGGGUGAGACAAAUGCAUGCAAGGAACAGUGGACAAGUUGGCGAACGAGCAACUGUAAAGCGAGCAAAGCCCCUUGACUGAUUGAGACGCUGGACACUUGAGACGUUCGAAGGGGGGACCAUGAACUCUAGCCUGGCUCUGGGACUCAUGGACGGGGAUCCUGGCCACAAUGCCUCCCAUGUGGAGCCACUGCUCUGCCUGAUCCGGGAGUCCGGUCUCCGCUGCCGCCCGGCACGACUGUCCGCACGCACCGCCAACAUAAUCUUCAUCGCCAUGAUCGUUUCCAUGGUGUUGAACUUCUUGGGGAACAUGACCAUCAUCACGGCCAUCUCCUACUUCAAGCAGCUGCAGGUGUUGCCCAACACCUUCACCUUCUCCCUCGCGGUGGCCGACAUCAUGGUGGGUGUGGUGGUGAUGCCCUUCUACAUGACACAGUGCGUCUACGACUGCUGGUUCUACAGCCACGCGUUCUGCAAGGUGCACCACUUCCUUGACGCCUUCAUCUCCACCGCCUCCACCAUGCACCUCUGCUGCAUCGCUUAUGACCGCUACCUGGCCAUUUGCGACCCGAUGCACUAUCGAGAGCGCUUCACCUGGAAAACGGCAGCCCUGCUUCUUGCUGCCGCAUGGCUUGGGUCGCUGCUCUAUGUGGUGCCCGUGAUGCUGGGAUGGAUUGUCAUUGGCAUUGAGGACAUGAUGGCCAGCCGCACCUGUCCAGACAACUGCGUCUUCUACAUGAACAAGGUGUUCUCGAGCUGUGGGGCCUUCUUCAGUUUCGUGGUGCCCAUGACGAUCAUGACCCUUGCCUACGCGAAGAUUUACCGCGUGGCACGCAAGCAGGCCCGCUCCAUCAGCGUUCAGCAGCAAGGGGGUCAGGGCAAGUCGGGCUUCAACAAGCAGCAGUGGGCGGCCAUGAAACGAGAGCACAACGCCACCAAGACCGUGUCCAUCAUCCUGGGCGUCUUCAUGUUCUGCUGGGCGCCAUUUUUUUCAACCAUCGUCAAUGAUCCCUGGAUCGAUUUUAAAACAAAUUCCAUUUUCUGGGACAUCGUGAACUGGUUCGGGCACGUCAAUUCAGCCAUCAACCCUUACCUAUACGGGGGCUUCAACCGCACAUUUCGUAACGCCAUCCGCAUCAUGUUUAGCCGCAAGUUUUGGCAGCCUGGGAGCCGCUCAGCCGAGCUGUGAGAGUCCAAUGAGGCCCUGAAUUAGAUUUAUGGAUUAUAAUAUAACAUUAAAUUUAGUUUAUGUGUGUAAUGUGUUUGAUGGUUUCUCAGUUCCAUUAUUAGUUAUUGAACGGGGUUGCGGGGUGAGGUGGAGACAGAGAACACGUGGGUGUCUUGGAAAAUGUUAUACUUUGGGCAUAUGCUUCCUUACCGUUGGUUGACACUGCCUGCCAUAUUCUUUGCACGAGGAUAUAUUUUGGAUGGAGGAGGCCAAAGGGGUCUCUCAUAAAUUUGGUUGCUUUACUCCCAUUCUACUGUCGCGGACACUCUCCUCACAAACACGCCGAGACAGGUCAAGGUUCAAAUCCGUUUAUUCCACCUCUGUAAAACACAGCCACCUCCUUCAUCCACAGCUCUCUCCUCACAUCCCUCUUCCGACGUGCCUUUUUAUCCCCACAGGUCCCUCUCCCAUUUCCUCCCCCUCCCCUCAUUACUGUCACCUAAUUGCCAGUUGUCAAUCGCCUUUUGUGACAUCUCGGACCAUGUCUCCUCAUCUCCUUCCACCAAUCACAGAUCGUCAUACCGCGGGUGCUCGUUAUAAUUAUUGUGAUCGGUGCUUUUCGGCUGUCAUGUUAAAUAACUGCCACUAUGAGGAACAGUAUAUGUUCAGCUCUCUUGCAAACCCUCUCCUGGACAAAAAUCCUCCCCGUACCGUGCAGGUCGAAAUAGUUAUUUUACUAGAUUUCAUGUCAGUCAGCCUAGUGAGUGAAGCAGGGGGCAUAGAUAUGGAAGCAUAGUAGUACAAUACAAUAUUGGAUUUUGCUGCACUACCUUCUAUCGACCACAGCGUAGUCUGCUGUAGCAGCCUUUGACAACCUGCUGUGCACGGUGAUUGCCCAUUCAGGUGAUAUCCAGUCUCAAAAUCUGCUUAGCUUCUGCGAUCAUCUGACAAGAUCGGGUGCAUAUCAGAUAAGCACCCAUUUGAAUCAAUUAGUCGCAUGCCCCAAGAGGAGGCGUAGCGGUCCUCAAUACUGUACAUCGCCUGGGCAUGCCAUUCUCAUGCGUCCGAUGCCACACCAGGUGUAGGCUAAGAUUACGAUGUCUGAGAUCGGCCCCAACGGUGUGCAUCCAGGUCAACCUCGGCCUGCCCCUGGGCAGCGUCCAAUCUCGAGCAAGGCCAUCGAUAAUUGCGCGGAUCUUCCAACAUGUUAGCACGGGCAAUGUGUCUGCAAGAGCUGCAGCCUCCUGGUAUGAUGUCAGACACCGGCUGACGUGCUGCUUGAUGACGGGCUUAAGAAUUUGUGAUAUGCUCGCUGAAGUGUACCUGAAGUAUCCAUCGGAAGGACCACCGGUCAAAGGUGUCCAGUUUGUUGUUUAAAUAUGGAGUCAUCAACCACGUCUCCCUGACAUAUAGAACCUAUAUAGACACAUUUAAAUGUCAAGGGAAACUUGUAGUCGGUAUAUAUAGGCCUACAAUAAAGUGGUACAUAAGUAACUUUCAUUUUAAAAAAAAGUGUAUUUCCGACUGUAUAAUUGAAUGGGAAUUUAAUAAUUAAAAAAAUACACGUAAUGACGUCAA